GUUGUUUUACAGAAGGGGAUAGCUGGUUUUUCGUUUCCACCAUGAGAUCGAAGUACUGCCUGACCAUCCUCCAUGUUUCUAUGUUGGCGUUGCUCGGUGGGACUUUGGAAGCCGAUAGUGACGACUGUGAAACAGUAAUUAAAGUACAACGCAACACACUUUACGAGGCCUUUGUUGGACAAGAAUUUACCAUGAACUGCACAGUUUCUUUCUGCAACAGUUCACCACCAUCAGUGUCCUGGCACAAAGUUGAUCAACCUAUUGACCCUGUUAAUGUCAGCAGUGGCAGUCACAUUAAAACAGAGUGGAAAGAGUUAAGCCAUUCUGAAGGGACGUCGUAUUUGAUCUUCCAAAAAAUACUCGUCAGUGACUCAGGUCUGUAUCAGUGUCGAGGUGGAGAUGGUGUGAGUCACAACAUCAAUGUGUCUGUCCAUGGUGUCAUCACAGAUGAAACCUCCACAGUUCUGUGGACGACUUUAGAACAAGGGGGCGUAACAGCUAAGAAAACGUUCUGGCCGUGUGUGUACCGUGUUGUUGGAGUCAUGGUGUUCGCUGUCAUUGUGAUAGCUGUAUGUCUUACCACAAAUCAAGGGUGUAAAGGUGUCUGUCGCGCGGGAGAAUCCACGAACGCGCCAGAUCCAAGCUGCCAGCCUUCCCAUGUGGCCUCCCCUACCAUUCAUAUCUAUGAAAACAAUUGCUCUACACCUUGAAAUCAAUCCGCUAAGUUCAACCGUACGAUAUCAGGGCCAUGAUUGAUAUCAAAACAUUUCAUAUUAAUCAUUUCAAGACCGGAACUUAUAUCUGAUAGAUCACAUUUUUACUGAUUUCUGCAUCAAAUGAGUCAAUCAGCGCUAUGUUUUGUUAUUAUUAUGCUUUGUAUUGUGAUGUAAUGUCUUUUCAGAAUGUGAGAUGAUGAUUAUUGAUUACAUUGAAAUGCUUUUGAAUUUCCUGUAAAUCAAGCUGUUAGAACACAGAAGUUUCAUACAUGAGAAACCGCUUUUGUGUAAACUACCACAACUGUGUGUGUGUGUGUACGUGCAAUGUAACACAUUAACAGGUAAGUAGUUUUGUUUCCUGUAUAGGUGUCGAUCUUUGUGCACACAUCUGCUACAGAUGCCUCUUUUGAAUGUGAUUGCUUGUCUAUAUGGGUGUUUGUUGCACCUCUGUUCAAAUGCUCUCUGGUGUUGAUGAUUGAAGUAGCUUUUUCUUCUUCGGGUUCAGUGUCUGAUCUGCAUUUGGAGGCAGACAGACUGCCGACUGACAAGCAGGAAGCAGAAUUAAACCACUCAUCAUGUCAUGUAAAAACAAAGGAAUGGAAGUUGUUUUACAGUGGGAGACAUGAAUCGUAAACAAACCGCUAAACUCAUCAUCAAACUGGAGCUCAGAUUCCAUCCAGCUGUUGAUGCGCUGAUGUUUCACUGAAAAAUAUUUAUUGCAUUUUUAAAUGUUAUUUUUUGAGUAAAAAAAAAUGAAGACAUCAACCUCAAAUAACUUAAUGUGCAUAAACAGAUAUAACGUAAUACAAAAGAAAAUUUAACAAAGGUAUUUGUCGUCGAAUUUGAAUACAAAUGUCAAUUUGCAUUAAUAAAUUACUUUAAAUCCAGACAUAAAGUCUGACACAUUUCUCCAUGAAUCACCUUUGACGGCGUUCAAACUCUUCACAAGAUCAGAA